AUGGAUUUUGAAUUCCCUCAAUUGUUAAACCCAACUGACAAUGAACCUUAUGUUCUAGUUUUUGAGUAGUAGGACGUAUUGAAAAGCAAAUUAUUGACUGCUCGUCAUGUUAGUUAAAGAGCUCAUGAAGCAAAUGGAAAAUCAGAACUAGUUGUAAUAAAAGACUUUUUAUAGUAUUAAAUCUUAGUUAUCAUUUUAGAGACUUAACAAAAAAGUCACCAUUAGCUUAUACUCCAGAUGCAGAGUCUGAAUAACUAGUUUAGAAUUUUAACACAUAACAUAAAGCUUACUAAAACAAGAUAUAAGCAUAAGUAGAUUCAUUUAAACAACUUAAUUAAAAAUUGUAAGAAGGAUAUGAUAAUGCUUGCAAUAAUGUAGUUUCUUAAUUGGUAGAAGGUGUAAAAGGUGAGACCUAAAAUGUUUAAAAAGCAUUUGAGUCUUUAUAAAAUGUUCUAAAGAGUGAUCCUGAAUAGGAAGCUUCAAUCCCAAAACCAAAAGAAAUAGUUAAUAAAGUAUUAUUAUUGAUAUAUUUCAUAGAUAUCAGAACUAAGAGCAGCUCCAGAAUUACCAGAGUAUUUAUUUUCAACAACAAAGAAGGUAAGAGCUUGGAGAGAGGCUCCAAAUGAAUUAUGUGUUUGGAACAAAACAAAAGAGCAAUUUUAUAAAAAUACUUUAGAAUCAACUCUUAAUUAAGAACUAUAAGAUAGAUCUGAAUUAGCCCUUAAAUUUUGGAAUUAAUAAAUAUAAAGAUUAGGAGAAUAGUUCUUAAAUAUUUUAUAAGAAGAUUCUUCAUUAUAAUAAUAAAAUUUUGUUAGUUUGAAUAUUGAAACAGCAGAGGCAUUUGCAUUAUUAUUGAAUACAAUGAUAACUUCUGAAACAAGGAUAGUAUUACAUAUAGGAGAUUUCAGUUAAGCUGAUUCUAAAUCAAUUGCUGAGUCAAUUUAAAGAUUAACAAGUAUAGUGAAUCUAUCAAUAAAAUGGAAAGUAUCUAAUAAAGCUUAAGGUUUAUCUCACAUAGCUUAAGGUAAUAAUAAAUAAUGAUUAUUAAAGCUAUUGGAUAAGCUGAAUAAUUGAAAAUUUUGACAUUUGAAUUCCCAUCUAAUGUUUAAGCAAAUUAAGCAAAAGAUUUUUUUACAGAAUUUAAAGAUGUUAAAUUAUCAAACUUAGAAGAAAUUAAUGUAGUUGCUGAAUAAUCAAAUAUAAAUUCUGCAAUAUAACAUAUUGCAAAGGCAUUAAAAUCAGUUGGUGGUACAUAAGUAUCAAGAUUAUCAUUAAAUUUCAGGUAUUUAUUAAUUAUUGAUAUUAUAUAUAGUUAAACUUAAGUAGAUAAUAAAUCAGCUUAAUAAAUUGGUGAUGCUUUGAGUGUUUACAAAGGAGUAAAGAAAUUAAUUUUAAAUUUUUCUGGAUUUUCAUUAAAUUCAAAUAAUAUUAAAGAUGAUGGAUUUAGUAGUUUAAUUUAAUAUGUUCCAAAUUUCUCAUCUACUUUAAUUGAAUUAAAUAUAAAUGUUGGAAGAAAUCAAUUAACUGAUAGUUCUUUAACAACUUUAAAUAAAUAAUUCUAGAGUGUCAAAUGGAGUGCAUUAAAGAGUGUAAAUAUCAGUGUUCAUUAUAAUAAAAUAACUGAAGAAGGUGCAAGAAAAUUAGGAAAAGUAAAAAUUAAUUAUAUAAUAUUUUAGUUCCUUCAUAGUUUACCAAUUUUAGUUAAUUUAUAAUUGAAUUUGAAUUCAACUGAAAUUAAUCAAAAAGGAUUGAGUUUUAUAAUUAAUUAAUUGGGUCCAUAAGUUAAUGCAUCAAUUUAAGCAAAAUAAACUAAUGUAACAAAAGAAGAAGCAGAAGAAUUGAAAAAUAAAAUAACAUCAUUAAACAUUUGA